AUGCCGGCUUCUCCAGGUGGGGCUGCAAAGCCAGGGAAGGGCCUGUCUUCGCGCCUUCUCACAAUGAAGUUCAUGCAGCGCGCUGCAGCAUCCGCAGUCGAGAAAGAAGCUCAGGCUGAAGGAUCAUCCAAGCGCCAGAAGAAAAUCGGGGAAGAUAGUCUUUCGGGUUCAAAGUCUGAUCUCGAUGCGAUCACAGCAGCAAUUGCAACGGAAGAGGAAAAGCGCCGCCAGGCUACUUUGCGACAGGCUGCUGAUUCGGGUGAUACCCAAUGGGUACUAGAUAUUCCAGAUGCGCCCCAAUCCCAGCCCCUUGUGGUAGCAGCUGACUCGCUUGAUGCGGAUGACAAAGUCUUGAACGGCGGUCGUCGGGGUUUUGGUAACUUCAUGCGCAAGCAGGAACCUGUAGGCCAUUCUGCACCCUCGCCACUCACUAUAGUUACUAACUCCACCAAGAUCCCCGAAGCAGGCAAGACUGACGAAGUUCCAGAGGAUAUGGAGGAACUUGAGGCGUGGCACAAGAGAACCAAAGAAAAAGACAAGAAACAUAUGGCUCAUCUCGUCGGUAUCUCAGGUGCAAAUAAUCGAGCCAUGCCUUCGCCCUCAAGCCAAAAGAAAAAGAAAAAGCGCAAGCAUGCUGUUUAG